CUUCUCACACCCACCAUGAAUACCUCCCAAUUCCUGACCUCCCUCUUCCCAGGAUUCCUGCAGGGUAAGAAUGGGACCCAUCCACUGGAUUUCCUCUACAACUUCUCUGUUGGCUGCCAGGAUUCAGUGGACCUGUUAGCCUUCAUCAUCACCACCUACAGCAUCGAGACCAUCUUGGGGGUUCUGGGAAACCUCUGCUUGAUAUAUGUGACCACCAGGCAAAAGGAGAAGUCCAACGUGACCAACCUACUCAUUGCCAACCUGGCCUUCUCUGACUUCCUCAUGUGCCUCAUAUGCCAGCCGCUCACAGCCACCUACACCAUCAUGGACUACUGGAUCUUUGGUGAAGUCCUCUGCAAGAUGUUAACUUUCAUCCAGUGCAUGUCAGUGACAGUCUCCAUCCUCUCAUUGGUCCUCGUGGCCUUGGAAAGGCACCAGCUCAUCAUCCAUCCAACAGGCUGGAAGCCCAGCAUUUUCCAUGCCUACUUGGGGAUUGUGAUCAUCUGGUUCAUUUCUUUCUUCCUCUCUUUGCCCUUUCUGGCUAACAGCAUCCUGAGUGACCUCUUCCACCACAACCACUCUAAGGCUGUAGCGUUUCUGGAGGACAAGGUGGUCUGCAUUGUAUUCUGGUCCUCAGACCACCACCGUCUCAUCUACACCAGCUUCCUGCUGCUCUUCCAGUACUCCAUCCCUCUGGUUUUCAUCCUGGUCUGCUAUGUACGCAUCUACCAGCGCCUGCGGAGGCAGAGGCGUGCUUUCCACAAGGACACUUGCAGUUCACGAGUGGGGCAGAUGAAUCGGAUCAAUGGCAUGCUCAUGGCAAUGGUGGCUGCCUUUGCCGUGCUCUGGCUGCCCCUUCAUGUGUUCAACACUCUGGAGGACUGGUACCAGGAGGCCAUACCUGCUUGCCAUGGCAACCUCAUCUUCUUGCUAUGCCACAUGCUUGCCAUGGCUUCCACCUGUGUCAACCCUUUCAUCUAUGGCUUUCUCAACACCAACUUCAAGAAGGAUAUGAAGGCCCUGGUGCUGACCUGCCAUUGCAGGUCACCCCGGAGGGAGUCGGACCAUCUGCCCCUGUCCACUGUGCACACGGACCUCUCCAAAGGAUCUCUGAGGCUGGGUAGCAAGUCUAACUUCAUGUAGUCCUGUCCAGGCUUUUCCUUACCAUUUUCUUUUGACAGACCCUUUCACUUAGCUUAAGUAGACCCAUUGCAGACCGGGUUAGCAUCCUGUUAUUUUUGGCUUUGGGAAAACUAAGAUAGGCUGGCAAGAGACUUGAAGCUUGGCAGUCAGAUGGUUUAGACAUUUGCUUGUGGGAGAAUUUUGAAUCCAGAUUCUGCAGAUUACACAGUGAACUUGGCGCUUGAGCUUCAGGGUGUUACAGCCAGAGACGGUGGGCGCUAACAGCCACUCAGCACAGAUGCCCGGCCU